CUACCUGUAGAGCCCGAGGGGCGCCCCCUCCCCGGACACCUAUUCUUUCUCCUUCGGAAACCUCCCGUCUAGCUACCCGCGUCUCGGACAGGCGGCGCUGGGACCCCGAGACAGGGCGCCAGGCUCGCAGCUGGUGACAUGUAGACGCCCGCCCCGCGGUCCAGCUUCGGCGCCUUCUGCCCGUAAAGUUUAGGGCCGGGCGCCAUGGCCAAGAGCAGCUCCCUGAAUGUCCGCGUGGUGGAGGGCCGGGCGCUGCCUGCCAAGGAUGUGUCUGGGAGCAGUGACCCCUACUGCAUCGUGAAGGUGGAUGACGAGGUGGUGGCCAGGACAGCAACUGUCUGGCGGAGCCUGAACCCCUUCUGGGGGGAGGAGUACACCAUCCACCUGCCCCUGGAUUUCCACCACCUGGCCUUCUAUGUGCUGGAUGAGGACACGGUGGGGCACGAUGACAUCAUCGGCAAGAUCUCGCUGAGCAGGGAGGCGAUUGCUGCUGACCCCCGAGGAAUUGACAGCUGGAUAGACCUGAGCCGUGUGGACCCGGACGCGGAGGUGCAGGGUGAGGUCUGCUUGGACGUACAGAUUCUGGAGGGUGCACGGGGCCGUUGCCUUCGCUGUCACGUACUUCAGGCCAGGGACCUCGCCCCCCGCGAUGUCACCGGCACGUCUGACCCAUUCGCACGCGUGUUCUGGGGCAGCCAGAGCUUGGAGACCUCAACCAUUAAGAAGACCCGCUUCCCACACUGGGACGAGGUGCUGGAGCUUCCGGAGCUGCCAGGGGCCCCAGCCCCACUGCGGGUGGAGCUCUGGGACUGGGACAUGGUGGGCAAGAACGACUUCCUGGGCAUGGUGGAGUUCGCCCCGCCCGUCCUGCAGCGGAGCCCACCCAGUGGCUGGUUCCGGCUUCUGCCCUUCCCCAGGGCCGAGGAGGAUUCUGGGGGGACCCUGGGUGCCCUGCGGCUGAAGGUGCGCCUUGUCGAGGACCGCGUCCUGCCCUCCCAGUACUACCAGCCGCUCAGGGAGCUGCUCGUGGCGUGUGUGCAGGGCCCGGCAGAGGAGGACGCUACUAGUCCCCUGGCUGUGCUGGAGGACCUGACCUCCGGGGACUGCCGCCAGGACCUGGCCACCAAGCUGGUGAAGCUCUUUCUAGGCCAGGGCCUGGCCGGGCCCUUCCUGGACUAUCUCACUCGGCGCGAGGUGACCCGGACCACCGACCCCAACACCCUCUUCCGCUCCAACUCCCUGGCAUCCAAGUCAAUGGAACAGUUUAUGAAGCUCGUGGGCAUGCCUUACCUGCACGAGGUCCUGAAGCCGGUGAUUAACCGCGUCUUCGAGGAAAAGAAAUACGUGGAGCUGGACCCGUGCAAGAUAGACCUGGGUCGUACCAGGAGAAUCUCCUUCAAGGGUGCACCCUCGGAGGAGCAUGUGCGGGAGGCCAGCCUGGGGCUGCUGACCGGCUACCUGGGAUCCAUCGUGGACGCCAUUGUGGGCUCCGUGGAGCGCUGCCCGUUCGCCAUGCGCCUCGCCUUCAAGCAGCUGCGGCGGCGCGUGGAGGAGCGCUUCCCCCAGGCUGAGUACGAGGAUGUGAAGUACCUGGCCACGAGUGGCUUUCUGUUCCUGCGAUUCUUUGCACCUGCCGUCCUCACCCCGAAGCUGUUUGACCUCCGCGACCAGCAUGCGGACCCCCAGACCAGCCGCUCGCUGCUACUUCUCGCCAAGGCCGUGCAGAGCAUCGGAAACCUGGGCCAGCAGCUGGGCCAGGGCAAGGAACUCUGGAUGGCCCCCCUACACCCCUUCCUGCUGCAGAGUAUCCCACGUGUGAGAGACUUCCUGGACCAGCUGGCGGACGUGGAUGGGGGGGAGGAGGCUGGGGGCCCGCCCCGGGCGCUGGUGGCCCCCUCGGUGAUUGUCCGCGAAGGUCACCUGCUGAAGCGCAAGGAGGAGUCCGCCAGCCUGGCCACACGCUUUGCCUUCAAGAAGCGCUACUUUCGGCUCAGCGGGGAGACUCUGUCCUACUCCAAGGGCCCUGAGUGGCAGAUGCGCUCCUCCAUCCCGGUGUCGCACAUCCGCGCCGUGGAGCGCGUGGACGAGGGCGCCUUCCAGCUGCCGCACGUGAUGCAGGUGAUUGCGCAGGAUGGUGCGGGCGCCCUGCACACCACCUACCUCCAGUGCAAGAAUGUGAACGAGCUCAACCAGUGGCUGUCGGCCCUGCGCAAGGCCAGCGCCCCCAACCCGGACAAGCUGGCCACCUGCCACCCCGGGGCCUUCCGCAGCUCGCGCUGGACGUGCUGCCUCCAGGCCGAGCGCUCAGCCGCUGGCUGCAGCCGCACACACUCGGCCGUCACCCUGGGGGACUGGAGUGACCCGCUGGACCCUGACGCUGAGAUCCAGAUGGUGUACCGGCAGCUGCUCCUGGGGCGCGACCAGCUCAGGAUGAAAUUCCAGGCGGAUUUCAACAUAGAUACAAGUCCCGAGGCAGAGGCAAGGAGGGCCUCCAGAGCCAGGGAAGGGGCCUGUCCGGAAGCCCUGGGCCGGCAGAGAGAGGCAGCUGGCCGCCUGCUGGAGGUGCUGGCCGAUCUGGACAGAGCCCAUGAGGAGCUCCAGCAGCAGGAGCGGCAGAGGGUAGCCCCGGGCCCCCUCGGGCACUGAGCGAUGCCAGAGCCAGCCCAGAAGGACGAGGAAGGAGCCAUCGGGCCCUUCUUGGGGCCCCCGGGCCCCCCUCGGCUGUCCUGUACCUUGUCGAUGCUGCAGCGUGGACGUGUCUGGAGAUCUUCUAGUCUCUGUGGCCAAAGUCCGGAACCCAAGGCAGGAAGCCCCCUGGCAGCGGGGCUGGCCUGGUACUGAAUGAGUCCCGGCCUCUGGGCCCAGGCAGUUGGGAGCGGACAGGAGCCUGACUCAUGUGGCUCAGCCGAAAGUCUCUGCCAGACCGGACUGGCCUCGACUCACACCGACAAGCCGGCCUGGCCCUGAGCUGCUGGAUCCAGCCGUACGUGAAUCCCUGAUGCCCACGUGGCCUUGUUGCCCAGACUGGCACCAAUGAGGCGCAGCCCAUCCUGUUUUCAUGUCUGCCAAUCCGUGUAACCUCAGUGACCCUCCUGAGCCCUGCCUUGGCUGAGAGUCCUAACCACAAGCUUCCAGAAUCGGGUUCCCUCAGGAAUAACGGAGGCUCGGAGCCCAGUGUGCCCAACUCAGAGCCUCAGAGCCUGGGAUGCCCUGGGCUGGGCUCAUGUCCCCUCUUUGAGCCUCA